UCAUCGCUAUCCUUCAUCCAAUGAAUGUACACCAAGUCAACGACAACUUGACUACUUUUCAUUUUCUGUACCUGUUUCACAGCUGCGACAUUUCUCAACCACAAAAAUCAUUCUUAUAUUUUGUAAUACUUUCAAUAUAUUAUUUAAAAAGUUAUUGCACGAUGUAACAAUAUCAAAAUAUUAAACUGAUAUACUAAUUAAAAAAAUUAUACUAAUACGAAAACAACAUAUCUGGUCUUCUGCUUCGGUAAUCACUCAUUCAUGCAAGUUCAAAUUUAAACUCAGUAAUUUAAAUUAUAUAAUUAAAAUUAAAAUCAAUAGUAGGGAAUGCGUGGACUUCCCCAACUGUAGGGAAUCCAAUUUCGAAAACAACCCCUCAUUACAUCCACCACAAAAGAGGAAUAGAACAAUCACGGGGGCAAGCUAGAAGUCCAAACGAUCACGGAUCCAGAGAAUUGAGAGCAUGAUUUACCUUUGUUUUGUCGUUUAUAAAACAAAAUCAUUUUUGUCACACUGCUCUAAGUUCAAUUAUUUUGGUCAAGAGAAUGCUUAAAUUCAUUAGGCGGAGAUUUCUACAUAGACGUGCUACAUAUCCAUAAGCUCGUGAACAUGACAGCACAGGAUUAAAGUGAACAAAAGUAUUUGGUUGUUAUUUGUCUCCCUCAAUGGUAUUGGCGUAUUUUUGUUUCCCUAAAUAGGUUAAACAAAGCCAGAAUCAUAUCAGUUAUUAUGCAUGAAGCAAAAUGAUAGUAUAUGAUAAUCGUUGAGCAUAUACUAUAUACCAAAGGACAGUAGUUAAACAAGAUGGAUAUAUAUGUAUAUAUAUCUAUGGAUAAUCGUAGUGCAAGGUUCUUUUACUUUUUUGACUGCAUGCUUUUGCUAUGUAAAGUUAACUGAAUAACGGGUUAAUCAUACCACACCCCCAAAAAAAUAUCAAUAACUAUAACAGGCUUAUAGGAACAAAACAUUCAACAAUUAAUAAUACUUUCCUUUACUAGAAAUAUUUUUUUAACCAAUAACUACUCCCUUGUACUCUAAUUUAGGCAUGCCAGGACUAUUUCCAAACUCCCAUAUUAAAUGUAGCGAAGAAAAGCUACAUAUAUGACCUCUAACCCAACCUAAACUAUAAGAAUCAUUGUUAAAAAAAUUUAAACCAAUUCUGUAAAGUUAAGAACAUAAAGAUUGAAGUAAACGUAAGAGGCAAGAUAAAUCUCAGUAGAAUUGAUAGGAGUAUUUUCCUAAGCAUGUGAUUUGGUGCAUAUUUGAUUUUUCAGUAGAUUUGACAAAAUCACAGUGAGUCACUUGUUAUUUUGUAAAAGUUAUAUUUUAUAACUUUUGUAAAAUCACGGUAGUUCACCAGCUAACUGUGGUUUUGUGAAACCACCAAAGAUGCACUUAAUGAAUGAAAUAGACAUAGAAUACUAUUAUCUUAAAAGGAUAUCAAUUUAAUGAAAAAAGAUAAACAUGCAAGAUAACAUCAAUUAAUUAGUCAGAAAAGAAAACAUAUCAACUUUUAAGUCUUGGACCACAUAGACAAACUUACAAGUCAUGAAGACAAAAUCAUUAAUUCAUAACAAUGAAGUUAACCUACUUGGUUAUAAUUUCUAUAUCUCCUUUUAUAACAACCCACCUUAACCAUAUAAAGUAGUAGUACAUUUUUUCUAAAACCACAAAACAAAUUCAGACCAAAAGGAAACUAACUACAUCAGCUCAUGGAGAAUCCCACCUCAUCGAGACUCUCCCUUGCCAUGGAGAGAACUGGACAAUGGAUUUCCUCUCAAGAACUCCCAAGUGAUGUUAUAGUCACAGUUGGAGAAGCCAGUUAUUCUCUCCACAAGUUCAUGCUGGUGGCAAAGAGCAACUAUAUCAGAAAGCUGAUAAUUGAAUCAAACGACAGUGAACUUACCAGAAUAGACCUCUCAGACAUACCUGGCGGCAAAGAAGCUUUUGAGAAAGCAGCAAAGUUCUGUUAUGGUGUCAACUUCGAGAUAACCGUCAACAAUGUCGCCUCGUUGCACUGCGCCGCACUGUUCCUCCAGAUGACCGAGGAGUAUUGCGAUGGAAACCUCGCUGGAAGAACGGAAGGUUUUCUCUCUCAGGUGGCCCUCACAAAUCUUUCCAGCGCCGUCGUCGUUUUAAAAUCCUGCAGUCAGCUUCUCCCCGUCGCCGAUGAACUAAACAUCGUCAACCGCUGCAUUGAAGCUGUCAGUUCAAAGGUGUGCAGUGAGGCAAUGCUCCCCAGUCGCUCCCCGCCGAAUUGGUGGACAGAGGAACUCGCCAUCCUCGAUGUCAAAUCCUUCGGAAAAGUAAUCGCCGCCAUGAAGAAGCGUAGCGCCAAAUACCUAACUCUCGCCGGGGCUUUGAUCACAUACACAGAAAAAAAACUCCGUGAACUCGUACGUGAUCAAACCGGCGGAACUGGAGGAAAAAUCAAGUCACCAGAAUCAAGCGAUUUCAAUUCAGAAACAAUAAUCGACCAACGCGAGAUUCUACAGUCUAUAGUCCCUCUCUUUCCGUCAGAGAAAGCCGCUUUUCCAAUCAACUUCCUCUGCUGUCUUCUCCGUUGCGCGAUCUACCUACGCGCCUCAAGCGCGUGCAAGCGCGAACUCGAGGAACGAAUCUCCGAGAUUCUCGAGCACGUAACAGUGAACGAUCUCCUAGUUCUCUCAUUCACCUACGACGGUGAGAGACUCCUGGAUCUUGACAGCAUUCGGAGAAUCAUCUCCAAUUUCGUUGAAAAAGAAAAAAGCACUAAGGUGUUCAACGGGGGUAGCAUCUUCGGAGACAACUGCUCCGCCGCGAUGCAGCGCGUAGCAAAAACCGUCGAUGCAUAUCUCGCCGAGAUAGCAUCGUACGGCGAACUCACCAUUUCAAAGUUCAACGGAAUCGCAAUUCUCAUUCCAAAAGGCGCGCGAAAACUUGACGAUGAUCUUUACCGCGCCAUCGAUAUCUACCUUAAGGUGCACACGAACCUUGAUGAGUUAGAGAAGGAGAAAGUGUGCAGCGUGAUGGACGCGCUGAAAUUGUCUUACGAAGCGCGUGUGCACGCGUCUCAGAACAAACGUUUACCGGUGCAGAUUGUGCUUCACGCGCUGUAUUUCGAUCAGUUAAAGCUAAGAAGCGGUGCCGUGGUUGAACGUGACGUGACGGCGGAGAGGAAUCAGUUACAAACGGACGUUACGUUAGUGAGAGAGAACGAGGAGUUGCGUUCGGAGCUGAUGAGGAUGAAAAUGUACGUUACGGAUUUGAAGAAGAACGUUGACGGAACGACGUCCUCGUCAAGGGAAGUCAAAAAGUCAACGUUUUUCUCUUCUGUGUCGAAGAAACUGGGUAAGCUGAACCCGUUCAAGAAUGGGGCUAAAGAUACGUCCACUAUUGAGGAUGGGCCUGUGGAUUUGAUCAAGCCCAGAAGGAGAAGGUUCUCCAUUUCAUAAAUUAUUUUAUUAAUUAUUGUGGGAAGCUAAUUAAGGAACUAAGUAAUUUAAAUUAUUAAUUCUUAAUUAGUAGCAAUUACUAGACACUGCUUAGCAUUAGACUUGUUUGUUUUGAUUGUGUUUGUUUGUGAAGAAAAUCGUAUAUGAAAAGAUUUUAGGUUUCUGAAGAAAAUCGUAGCAAUUAGUAGAAUAUGAAAAGAUUUAUUGAUUAGGUUUCUGAUUUGUAUUUAUAAUAUUAUAAAUACUCUUUUUCAUGUUUUAUGUUUU